AAUAAAACAAAAACUGACAAUGCCAGAUUUUCGAUAAUUAUUUACGGUUUAUAACAUAAAUGCCAAGGCGGUUGUUAGCGACAUCUGCCGUGCAACAAAGUAACUUAUCGUAGAUUAAUUUAAGCGCCAUCUAACAAUAAGUUAACAAGUUUAUUCUAGAUUGAUAAAAACGCCAUCUAUUUUUGGUUGUUGAAGUAUAUAUUACCAUAGACAAUAUUUGGGUCGCGAUUAAUACCUUCAAAAUAUCAACCAAUCACGAGUAGUAAGAGGGCGCUAGUUGCCAAGACGAAUUUGACUUUGACAUGUCAAACAAAGCGAGUUUUUCCAACGGCUCCGGUGUACAAACGUCAUGCUGUAAUGGCGAAGAAAUAAAUUGCAUUCGCGGCGUACAUAGUGAAUCCGUGACCUUGCGUUGUUAUAAUCAAUUGUGUUGUUAUUAUUCUUCGUUACAACCGGUGCUUCUGUUUACAUGUUAUCAAUUUUAUCAUUCGUUGUAUACUUGUAGCGUUACACCGCUCGAUCUCGCGAGUGUUUUAUUGGAUUCUGAAUAGGAUGUGAAGCUAGUGUUAUUGAAGAUUUAAGUGGAUGAAGGUUCCGCGGAUUUGCGCGUUAUAGGUACUGGCCUUUUGUUUGAUCAGAGAUCGGCCCACGCCUCAAUAAACCGACUCCUACGCCAAGCCUCUGAUGGCAACUGCUUCAUAUAUCCUUACAACAGGCCUGAAAUGUGGACGAAAAAACUACUCCGGCUAUUGUUUAUAGUUUCCCGUGUAUGAUAUAUUAUAAGUUGAAGUGUUAAUCAGUCUUAAAUUGCUUUGUUGGCUUUUGAAAUCGUCGCGAAGAAGAGUUGUUUAGUGUCAACAAUCAAGGUUAUUUGCCCAAGUCCCGGAUUAUCUAUUGUGAAUAUUUUGAUGAAAUCAAUCAACCAAGUUUUACAUAAGAUUACCAAUCAAGAGAAUUGAAGCAAUGACGGCGGACUGAUCUGAAAGCAUCAAGAUAAGGAAAACAGCGGCAUUCCUGUGCUACAAAGUGAGAAUGGAUGAAAGUGAUGUCAUUAUAUCAUCUACGGAAAUCAUAAAAGACAGACUCUACUUCGCAACCCUAAAAACGGGCUACAAACCGAAACCCACCAGAAACAGCAAAUAUUUCCACAUAGAAGAUGACAUCCAGUACGAGAACUUCUACUUCGACUUCGGGCCGUACCACCUAUGCCAUCUGUACCAGUUCUGCAACAAACUUACAGAGGAACUGGAGAAGAAUCCGAAGAAGAAGAUCGUGUUUUAUACGAGCAACAAUGAGACGCUCAGGCUCAAUGCAGCUUACCUUAUUGGGAGCUAUCAGAUAAUAUAUCAAAACGGGUCCCCCGGUGCAGUCUACAAGCAGCUAUCAGAUGGAUCAGAAUGGUCCCUCUUGAAUUUCCGCGACGCCUCCGGUGGACCUCCUCUCUUCGACAUAUCUCUGCUCGACGUCCUUCACGGCAUCAAAGUCGCGCAUGACGCUGGGUUCUUCCAUUUUGAGCAUUUCGACGCGGACCAGUAUUUGUUUUAUGAGAAAGUUGAAAAUGGCGACCUAAACUGGAUAGUGCCCGGCAAGAUGCUCGCGUUCUCCGGCCCGCACCACCGCUCGCGCCUCGACCGCGGCUACCCACUCCACAGCCCAGAACACUAUCACGAUUAUUUCCGUCGUCACAACGUCACGACGAUCGUACGACUGAACAAAAAGUCGUACGACGCACGACAGUUUACUGCUCAUGGUUUCGAACAUCGAGAGCUGUUCUUUGUUGAUGGAUCUGUGCCGAGCGAUUUGAUUGUGAAUCGGUUUAUAAGGAUAUCAGAAGCGGCUAAAGGCGCUGUUGCUGUGCAUUGUAAAGCUGGCCUGGGCCGGACGGGAACCUUGAUCGCCUGUUACAUGAUGAAGCACCACGGCUUCACGGCGCGGGAAGCCAUCGCUUGGCUGCGAGUGUGCCGACCGGGCUCCGUCAUCGGUCAUCAACAGUGGUUUCUUGAGAACGUCCAACCCCGAAUGCACGCAGAGGGUGAGGCGUAUCGUCGCCGCCAUCACAUAGUAGCGUUUCCGACGUACAGUCGAGGCAUUUACUGCGAUCUGCCGCCUGAAGAAAAACCUGUGUCGCUACAAACUAUACUGCAUAAUAAGAACACCAAUAACAAGCUUGAUAACGCCAACGCCCUCAACGCAAACGAAACAGACUCAGAAAACAACGUGACAGCGGUCAUCGGCAAAUACAAGACUACCGCCACCGCCAUGCUUCCCACAAAGACCGUGUUCACUCCCAAGAUGAACUACAUGCUCCCAACGAACAACAUCAGGAACGCGGCCAACACUAACCUAAAAACUGUACAGCCGAGAAUCCUAAACUCCACACUGAAGUCCCACUACGCAGCUAAAACUUCAACUUUCCCGCCAACCAGAAGUGCCAACUCUCAAGCGAAAAUCUCUGGUGUCAAAGCUCAGUUCAAUUCCAAAUCUAGCUUCCACGGACAACGGGCCAACCUCGCUAGACCCGUCGGAUACGCCCAUGGAACUAGCCCCUUAAAAACAUUCACAAGAAAAACUGUCACAAAAAUCACUAAUAGCGACACUACAGUUGUUAAUACGCUGAGCAAUGUCACUUCAACAUUAUCAGCAUUAACUGAGAACUGCCAUUUGAACGGCAAAAAUAGACUACCAUCGGAACCGAAUCUCAAAGCUGCAACUAAAACUACGCCAACCAACUUAAAUUCUAGAAAGAAGUUAAUCGUACGCUCCAACUCUAGCUCUAGGAAAAAACUUCCCAAAAACAAUGUGGGCAAAAGCAGUUUGGAGUCUACACAAGACCUGUCUUCCAGUGAUACGAAUGUCACCAACAUAUCCGCCGAUUCCUUGGAAACCCCUUUCAGGUUCAGGCGAAAACGGGACAAAUCUAGCAGCCCAGAACCUAUGGACUGUAUUUCAAACUCUAUUAUAACCGCUGAUGUUACCCCAGAGAAUUUUGAGGAGACUACGAACUCUCAAGGGAAUAAGUUAUACAAAAUCAAAGCGUUAAGGAAGAAGUGCCCAGCGUUCGGGGUAAGUCUUCUAAAGAAAGAUGGGGUUCAGACUCGGUCGAGUACUUGUACCAGUAGCUCGACUGUUAAGAAAAAAUGAUCUCGAUGUGGUUAAAUGUAGUUGUACGCACUUCAGAUUAUAUAGGAAUGUGCUUAGCGCAUUUAGAGUCGAUUGCGUGCAUUCGUUUAGUGCCUUAUAAAUGUAAUAUACUUGCUUGUAUGGAGUUUAUUAGAUUCAGGGUCUACAUACUUCGG